UGGCGCGAGGCGGGCUCUGAUUGGCUGACCCAUAUUCCGCGACGUCGAACCCGCGCGGCGGCGAUUGGUCGGCGGGGGGUUUGUUUUGCAGCCGGUGACGCACUCGCGACUUCCUUGAAUGUGUGUUUUGGUAAACGGAGCGCUGUUUUCUCCCGCCACGGACGCCGCCGAUUCUCUCUCUCUCUCUCUCUCUCCCCUCCUGCCUCCCCCCCCCUUCGGAUCUUUGUAUCGAUAAAAAAAAAAAGCAAAAACGGGGUGUUUCGUCGUUUUUCUACGAUGCGCCGGAGAACGUAGGAGGAAGGACGGGGGGGGCCGGGGGGGCUUUGACAACACACCGAAAAGAGCGAGCGACGCCUGGGGACGGUUUGGCUCAUCGGCGCAUGGUCGCCCGCUUUGCCCUGGGGAUCUAGCCGACUAGCUGGCCUCUAGCUAGCGGAACCGUCUGACGUCGGACGCAUCUCGGCUAAAGCCGCUAAAAGCCCCGUCGGUCGUUUAGCUCCACUGUGACGAGUGUACGAAUAUUGGACAUGGUGAAGCUAACCAAGGCCAAGACAUUCCAGGCCUACCUGGACUCCUGCCAUCGCCGCUACAGCUGCGUGCACUGCAGAGCCCACCUGGCCAACCACGAUGACCUCAUCUCCAAGUCUUUCCAGGGCAGUCAGGGCCGGGCCUAUCUCUUCAACUCUGUAGUUAAUAUAGGCUGUGGUCCUGCUGAGGAGAGGCUGCUGCUCACAGGGCUCCAUGCUGUGGCUGACAUCUACUGCGAGAAUUGUCACACCACCCUGGGCUGGAAAUAUGAGCAAGCCUUUGAGCUGAGCCAGAAGUACAAGGAGGGGAAGUUCAUCAUUGAGCUGUCCCACAUGAUAAAGGACAAUGGAUGGGACUGAGAGGGGGAGACCUCCACGCGUCAUUCAUGGUCUGCUUUUAAAGUUCCAGCCCCUCGGCCUGGAAGGGUUCCAGCGUAGCCUUCUCAUCCCGCAUACGAGUCAUCGCUAUGCCACCCUUUCACUUCAUACAGCUUUGCCAAGAAUAGCAUGUGAUGCCUUAUCCUUUUUGAUCUUCUUCAUGUACUAUUUCCAACGACUCCCAAGAGCACAUUUGCAUAUACCGAUACCCCUUUUUCUUAGGUUUGCUGGGACAUGGAGUGACUGAGUGUAGGGUUUGUGUGAAAAGACGGAAUGGAAGACGUGCGUACAGGCACGUGUGCUCGGGUUUUUAAAACGUGCGAGUGUGUGUUUGCCGUUUUGUGUGGCACCAUCCUAUCAAGCAGCCGUAAAACUGUCUCACCCUGUGGGAGUAAGGUCAUUGCGAGUACUUCGGAGAAUCUGACCUUAUUUUAAGUUGAAUGCAAACACUCAGGUUUGCCCUAUGAGUUUUAGGUGCACGGGUAGGCGUAUUUCUAACGGCCAAGAUAUAGAGUGAAAUAUUUAGGCGUAUUUAACUCACGGAUCAUUUGGCAAGGAUUCAGAUAAAUCAGCUCGAGGUUUUUAUUGUGGUCGGGCAAAGCUGACCUUUUUAUCGCGAGUACAAUUGCUCCCGUUUCGUCCCUCAAACGCAGUCGUGCUGUUCAAUAAUUCACGCAAAAAAGUUGGAAGGUGAUUCCGCAAAAGUGGGGUAUUGUGACCAUAUUCUGCCGGCGGAUAUUACGUUUUAGUGUAUAUGUUUUAUCGCGAGGGAGGAUAUGCGCGAGUCUGUGUAGUGUGUGCGUGCUGAGAUGUCACUUGCCAGGCGGUGUUGAAAAGCAUUUGUCUGGGGUUCGCAUCGAAAAACUUCCACUCUACAUUUGGUAUAUCCAUUUUGACUUUCUUUGCUUAUGAGAAUAGUCUCUUAUGGCAUGUAUAUAAUCUAACCUUGAGCAUUCCAUACGGAUACAUUUACUCAAUUGUUAGAGCAAAAUGUAAUACUGAAAUGUGUAGAACUAUGUAGCAUAUUUAUGGUGAUUUUACAUCUGCAUCUUUCAUUAAAAUGUAUUUUUAACCUGUA